UGCAAUUUCUUUUAGUACAAAGAAAGGCAGACUAUUAUCUGUAUCUAAAGAAAUUCCAACACGAAGUUUGUUUAAAGAUUAUGACCAAAUUCGUAGACAUUGGAAAAAUAUGUAUGGCUAUUCUUUACCCAAAAAUAAACAUGGAAUUAUAUAUUAUGAAAUUAAAUUUUUUAUACCAAGAUCAAAUAUUUUCACUUAUCCUAAUUUAUGUGUUGCAAUUGGUCAGUUGGAUACUAUUCCAAAUAGGGAGAAAGAACUUACAAUUACAUGUUUUUUAUCUAACAUGCUUGAAAAAGUACCUAAAAUUUGUGGUAACCAGUUACUAAUAUCAAAAAAACCUCUAAAUGAAAAUUUACCAUCCAGUGGAUCAUUAGGAAAUAACAUAUUAGGUAAACAUUUUAAAGGAACAAGUGAUCCCGUCUCAACUCUACAAUUAGAAUUUUCCAUUAAAUUAGUAGAUGAAUUGAAAAAAGAUACAAAUAUUACUUCUACAUUGUUAAAAACACAAUUGGAUAAGAUUCAUCAAAUCCAUAAUUCAUCUCUUUAUGAUAUUAUGAAUACAGAUUUAAACAAUUCGGAUGUUAAAGAAAAUCAAAGUGAUAAUGUAGAAACUGUAAUAGAAGAUUGUACUGAAGCUAGUACAUCAAGAAAUUCAAGGGUUAAUUGUACUAUAACCAACCAAGAACAAAUUUCUAGAUAUUUUAAAGUUCAAAAACCACACUGUGUUAUUAAUAAAGAAAAGCGGAUACAAGAAGAGAAACAAAAACAUAUAACACUAAAAGAAAAAUUGUUAAAAGCUAAAUGCAACGAAAGUAAUAGCGUACCGUUACAAGAAAUGAAUCAAGAUAUUGACAUAGAAGCAAUGGCAAAAGAUAAUAAAUUACAUGAAGUAAAAAAUACAGUUUUAAUUAAUUGGUUAAAAAAGCAUUCUAUUCCACAUAAGUCUAAGGGAACAAAAGCAGAACUUAUUAAAAAAGUUUUAUCUCAUCUUAAAAAUACACAAGUAUUGAAACAAUAUCGUUUAUAGAUACAGAAAUGUUUU